AUGCCAAACUACUUUAUCUUUAACGGGCCUAACUAUCUAGUCGGCUAUGGAAGCCUGCUUUCUAUUAUGGAUUGGAUAGCUGACUAUAUUAUGAGGUGGAUUAAGAAGAUCUCAACGGGAGAUAUCAAGUCUGUCACAGUCGACGUUGGUGCAAUAGCUGACUAUAAUACCUAUACCCACGAGUUCUUGAAGCGAACCGUCUGGAUAAGUGGCUGCCGAUCCUGGUAUAAGAACAACAAGGUGGACGGCAAGGUAACCGCCAUGUAUGCAGGGAGCAUCAUUCACUAUAAGGAAAUUUUGGAGAGCUUUAGGACUGAGGACUUCAACUUUGAGUACAAUAGCCGGAAUAGAUUCAGGUUCAUGGGCAAUGGACUCACAGUCCUUGAAGAGAAGGGGGAGAAUCUUGGGUUUUAUGUCAAGUAG